AUGUCGAAAUCUCCCAUCACGUGCCACGUGCUCGACUCGACGCUGGGAAAGCCCGCUGCGGGCGUGCGCGUGCAGCUCGAGGCGCUCUCGCCGCUCAACUCGCAGUUCCACAUCCUGGCCACGGGCGAAACCAACUCGGACGGACGCUGCCCCGACCUCCUCACAGGCCACAACGCCAAAGAUGUCCUCGUACCCAAGGGCGUGUACAAGAUGAUCUUCUACACGGGCGAGUACUUUGAAAAGGCGAGCCGCGCCACCUUCUACCCCCACGUCGAGAUCUUCUUCCAGCUCACAGAAUCGCCCGAUCCGCACUAUCACAUCCCCCUCCUCCUCUCGCCGUUUUCGUACACCACCUAUCGAGGUUCUUAG